AUGGCUUCGUUUCUCUCAAUCUUUCUUCUCUCGACAAUCUUCUCCAUCUCCUCCUCCUCUGCCCAAAUUAGCAGGAAGGAGUUGAGGAGUAAGGAAUUGGGGCAGGAAGCAUUGAUAGAGUUGGGGCACUCGGUUGAUUACAACAGAAUCGACCCGUCGCGGGUUGUUCAACUUUCUUGGCGACCAAGGGUGUUUCUGUAUGAAGGAUUCCUAUCUGAUGAGGAGUGUGACCACCUUAUUUAUUUGGCAAAUGGUGGAGAUGGAAAGUCUUCUACAGAUUAUGAUGAAUCUGGAAACAGCAAUACAAAUAGGAUGCUAAAAAGUUUAGAACUUCCCUUGAAUCAGGAGGAUGGUAUAGUUUCAACAAUUGAGGAAAAGAUAUCAGCCUGGACUUUCCUUCCUAAAGAGAACAGCAGGGCUUUACAGGUUUUGCAUUACGACCUUGAGGAGGUGGAGAAGAAUUACAACUAUUUUGGUAAUGGAUCCACACUGGAACAAAGUGAGCCCUUGUUAGCAACAGUUGUUCUUUAUCUCUCAAACAUUACUCGUGGUGGUGAGAUUCUAUUCCCGGAAUCAGAGCUGAAAAGUAAGGCCUGGUCUGGCUGUGGAAAGAGCAACAGUAUCUUGAAACCAAUCAAAGGAAAUGCAAUUCUGUUUUUCAAUCUCCAUCCUAAUGCGUCACCCGACAAGAGCAGUUCCCAUGCCAGAUGCCCUGUACUCGAAGGCGAAAUGUGGUGUGCCACAAAGUUGUUUCAUGCGAAAGCCAUUCCUCGCGAACAUUCGUUGUCCAAUUCUGGUAACAGAGAAUGCACUGAUGAAGACGAUAGCUGUCCCAGGUGGGCAGACAUUGGGGAGUGUCAAAGGAACCCUGUGUUCAUGAUUGGCUCGGAUGAUUACUACGGUACAUGCAGGAAGAGUUGUAAUGUGUGCUGA